AUGAAGCGGACUAAUAAAGGCAAUCCCAUUACAACGGUCUACCGAUGGAACAAGCCGCAGUUAUCAUGUCGCGAGUGCCGUCAAAAGAAGCGGCGUUGUGACCGUGCGCAACCCUGCUCGAAUUGUGUCAUCAGGAAGAUCCCAUGUGAGUAUCCUGGCCAGAGCCCCGAAGACACCGGUGCCCCGGAAGCAGUGACGAAUUCGGCUUCAUUGUACUCCAAUCAAAAUGCUGUCGAUCAAGAUUCCACUCGAGCGGAGCUAGCUUCCCAUGGCUCCGAUGAGCUUUUGUUCCGCAUUCGCAGGCUAGAGGAAGCACUGGCUGAAAAGUCGAAUGCCUCUCAAAGGCCAGCGGAGAAGUGUCAAUGUAUAAAUCCAAUACCAGUGUCGGCUUCGCACGGCCUUUAUGUUACCCCCUUCAGUUAUCUUCUGGCCACCCAGGGCAAAUAUGAAGAGGGCCCCAACAUGUUUGAUAUAACAAGAAACCUCCCUCCCCUACGGCAGGCCCGAGAGCUGUUCAAUCACUUUGCAACAACACUGCAACCCACGUUUGGGGUGCUUCAUAUCCCGUCUACAAAACGGUUGAUGGAAACGACUUACGAGGGCUUGCUUGAGGGUGAGGAACCAUCACCAGCGAGUAUCAUGUUGCUUUUUAGUAUAUUUGCCGGAGCUGCCCUGGUCUGGACCCCUCGGCUCCUUGAGAGGUUGCACUCGACUCGCGAAGAAGCCAAGGCAGCCUUCAUGAGAUAUACUCGCCUUGCUUUGGAUGUUCUAGAACACCCACGUCGCCUCAUUCAACCAUCGACUACUGCUCUCGUGGCUAUUAGCACAAUGGCCCACUUAUUGAUGAACACAGAUGGGUUUCCACUCAAAGUCCAUCUUCUUCGCCAUCGUUGUCUUUUGAUGUCUCGAGAGAUGCAAAUUCACCGGUUAGACACAGCCAAAAGCCGCGAGGAGCGGCAACUGAAGGGGUGUAACAUGAUUGAUGUCGAGGUUCAGAGACGCGUAUGGUGGAAUAUGGUGGCCUCUGACUGGCUACUUUCAUUUCAUGGAAGUCCACAUGAAGCUGCGUAUACCUUUCACCCCCAACACAUGAAUGUCAACCUCCCCUGCAAUACCGAUGAUGAAUUUAUCACAUCGACAGGGAUUCAAGAGGACUUUCCUCUGUCAGUCCCUACCUCCAUGUCUGCUUUCAUCAUGCGAGUGAAAUCUUCUUCGUUGUGUCAGGAAGUCAUCGACGCCCUACCAUCUAUCCUACUCGACUCCACUGAACCCGACUACGAUACAAUCCUUGCACUGGAUGCCAAAUUCCAAGAUUUCCUGAACGAACUCCCCGUGUACUUCAAAACAGACCCUGUCAGCAUUGAACAAAGCCGGGAGAUAUGCAAAGAGCGACCCACCAUCGCCUGGCAGCGAAUUACCCUCCAUUUCGGCGUCCACACCCGGUUAUGCCGCCUUCACCGGCCAUAUCAUCUAGAGGGCAUCACGAACCCCAGAUAUGCAUAUUCACACAAAGUGUGCAUUCAAUCUGCGCAGACUGUACUGGAGCUACGACGCUCAAUGGAUGAGAUCGGCCUCAAGGUUGGACUGAAAGCAGGACAGUUCUUGACGGUGAUGCAUCACGUCUUCUUCGCGGCUUUGAUCCUGGCCAUGGACGUCUCAUUCAAUCCUUCUGCGCCGGAUGCAGAGGAUCGGAAGACUAAGGUGCUGGCUGCGUAUCAGACGUUGGAGAAGUCGAAGCAGGAAUCAAAUUACCUGAUGGAGGGCAUUCAAAAGAAUCUUCAGACCCUGAUGUCCACGCUGCAGAAAAAUGAUAGGACUGCCCAUAAUUUGCACGCGUCUGUGCUGACAUCUACCGGCACCGGCCACUCGGCUCCAAUGCAGACCAUAUCUACGGCGAUGUUAGCCGAGUCAGUGGAUAGUGGGGGGACCUUGAUCAACGACAUCAAUGAAGAAGGGUGGGAACAGCUAUGGUCUGAGUUCGUGGCUAUAGCGCCCGAGUUGGAUGCGCCGCAGUGGAGCUCGUUGUUGGAAGAUGUCGAUUUUAACCCGCAGCUGGAUGUCUUCUAG